GAGCCUCACUUGGCUGCAAGAGGGGCCCAAACAAGCCGCUUUGUGUACAUUUAUCUGAAGUUGUCUCCCUCCCAUUUGUUUUGCUCUUUUUCUGGUCAUGAGACCCGGAAGUUUUUUUUUUGGCGUGUGUUGUUUUUUUGUUUUUUAAAAAAAAUCUAUCACAUCACAUGGCAGUGUCUGAGAGAUAUAAUAAAAACAGAAAAAUGGCGACAGUCACGUUGUGGCGAGUCUAUUGCUGCGUCAUUAGAUAAUCUUCAUGCAAAGAUCGCUAAGAACAAAGAGAGAGGGGGUAGAAGACACGGCUGGAAAGAAUCCUCGCACGGCCCCCUUCCAGUCAAGUGAUUGUAAAUAUAGCCUGGAUGUUGUUUACAUGAAACAUCCAGAAGGAGGAGCCUGCGAAGGAAGAGGAAGACGGAGGAGCCUCGGAGCUGGCUGGGCUAGGACUGAAUGAGCUUUGGAUUAUUUGAAGAGACCAUUCUGCUGGCUUGUAGGAACAGACAUUCAUAUAAAUGCCGUAUAUCAAUGUGAAAGAAGACUGCAAAGCUAUGGCUUUCUGUGCAAAAAUGAGAAGUUCCAAAAGAAAUGCAGAACUGACUACAUAUGCUCAAGAGCAAGGGCUGGAAGUGGUAUUCUAUUUGCAAGAGAAGCCUCUCCGGUAUACAUAUGGCAAGUAUACAGCAGAAGAACUUUGCAUUGAAGCUGCCCAAAAAUGCUCUAUAUCUCCACUGUGUCACAAUCUGUUCGCACUCUUUGAUGAGAAAAGAAAUUUGUGGUAUGCACCAAAUCACAUCUUCCAGAUAGAGGACAAAACUGCACUUCGCGUUCAUUAUCGUAUGAGGUUUUACUUUACUAAUUGGCAUGGGGCAAAUGAAAGUGAACCAUCUGUUUGGAGACAUUCUCCAAAGAAAUCAAAGAACUCAUAUGAGAAAAAACAGGUGCAAGAAGGCACACCUCUCCUUGAUGCAUAUUCACUAGAAUAUAUUUUUGCACAGGGGCAAAAUGAUUUGGUAAGAUGUUUUGCACCUGUUCGGGACCCUAAAAAUGAUCAGGAAGUUCAUGAAAUUGAAAAUGAAUGUCUGGGCAUGGCUGUCCUUGCCAUCUCCCACUAUGCAAUAAAAAAGAACAUGAGGCUGCCAGAACUUCUUAAGGAUGUCAGCUACAGACGGUAUAUUCCUGAAACUCUAAACAAGACCAUUAGACAAAGGAACUUCUUAACCCGGAUACGGAUAAACAAUGUUUUCAAAGAUUUUGUAAAGGAAUUUAACAACAAGACCAUUUGUGACAGCAGUGUUUCACCACAUGAUCUGAAAGUGAAAUACUUGUCAACAAUGGAAACGUUAACAAAACGUUAUGGAGCAGAAGUAUUUGAGACCACCUCAUUGCUGAUUUCAUCUGAGAAUGAGAAAAGCUUUAACUUGAGUGACUCUGAUACCCUUCCGCAGUAUGAAGUUAUGGUAACAGGCAAUCAUGGAAUCCAGUGGAGGCUCAAACCACAAGUUACACAUAAUGAGAAAGAAAAACACAAAAUAAAGAGAAAAAGGUCAGACAGCAAAGUCAAGAAAAAUGAAGAAAAAAUUAAGAAAGAGGAAUGGAACAGUUUUUCUUACUUUCUUGAAAUUACUCACAUUGUGAUCAAGGACCACACAGUCUGUACUUACAGGCAAGACAACAACAGGAUGGAAUUUGUACUCUCUUCUCAUGAAGAAGCUCUGUCGUUUGCUGCUUUGGUAGAUGGAUACUUCAGACUUACUGCAGAUGCCCAUCACUAUCUCUGCACAGAUGUUGCUCCACCUCUAAUAAAACACAACAUUAAAAAUGGAUGUCAUGGUCCCAUUUGCACGGAGUAUGCUAUCAACAAGCUGAAACAGGAAGGCAAUGAGGAGGGGAUGUAUGUGCUGAGAUGGAGCUGUACAGACUUCAACAAUAUUCUCUUAACUGUGACAUGUAUUGAAUACUCACAGCAAAUCUUAAAUCCUCCCAAACAGUACAAAAACUUCCAGAUUGAAAUGAAGAAAGAUGGAUGUGUCUUGCAUGGGUGUGAUAAACUCUUUCCAACUCUGACAGAGCUAAUGGAUCACUUAAAAGGACAGAUUCUUAGGACAGACAAUAUAGUCUUCACUCUCAAGAGAUGCUGUCAGCCAAAGCCAAGAGAAAUCUCUAAUUUGUUAGUUGCUACAAAGAAAUCCCAAGAAUGGCAGCCAGUAUGUCCACUAGGUCAACUAAGUUUCCAUCGCAUCCUCAAAGAGGAAAUAAUCCAAGGUGAACAUCUUGGCAGAGGAACAAGGACACAGAUCUAUUCUGGCAUUCUUAACUAUAAGGAUGAUGAAAGUUACCAGGCUGAAAAGGAAAUAAAAGUUCUUCUUAAAGUCUUGGACCCUAGUCACAGAGACAUUUCUCUGGCCUUUUUUGAAACAGCAAGCAUGAUGAGGCAAAUUUCCCACAAACACAUUGUCCUACUUCAUGGAGUUUGUGUCCGUGAUGUAGAAAACAUUAUGGUGGAAGAGUUUGUUGAAUUUGGACCUCUGGAUCUCUUUAUGCAUCGCAACAGUGACGUGCUGACAACACCUUGGAAAUUCAAAGUAGCAAAACAAUUGGCAAGCGCUUUAAGCUAUCUGGAGGACAAAGAUUUGGUACAUGGAAAUGUAUGUACAAAAAAUAUAUUGCUGGCAAGGGAGGGAACUGACAAUGAAUAUGGACCCUUCAUAAAAUUGAGUGAUCCAGGAAUUCCGAUUACGGUGCUGUCUAGACAAGAAUGUGUUGAACGGAUCCCAUGGAUUGCACCUGAAUGUGUUGAAGACUCCAAAAACUUAGGCAUUGCAGCAGACAAGUGGAGCUUUGGCACAACCCUGUGGGAAAUCUGCUACAAUGGAGAGGUUCCAUUGAAAGACAAGACAUUGGCAGAGAAGGAAAGGUUUUAUGAGGGACAUGCCAUGCUCCCAACCCCAUCCUGCAAGGAGUUAGCUGAUCUGAUGAAGCAGUGCAUGCACUAUGACCCUAACCAGAGACCAUUCUUUAGAGCAAUUAUGCGGGAUAUCAACAAAUUAGAAGAACAAAAUCCUGAUAUUGUCUCAGAGAAAAAGCCUGCUGCAGAGUUUGAUGCCAGCAAUUUUGAAAAACGGUUCUUGAAGCGGAUUCGUGACUUAGGAGAGGGUCACUUCGGCAAAGUUGAGCUCUGCAGAUAUGAUCCUGAGGGUGACAAUACAGGAGAGCAAGUAGCAGUAAAGUCACUGAAACCAGAGUGUGGCGGGAACCAUAUUGCUGAUCUCAAGAAAGAAAUCGAAAUUCUGAAGAAUCUUUAUCAUGAAAAUAUUGUUAAAUACAAGGGAAUCUGCACUGAAGAUGGUGGAAAUGGCAUUAAACUUAUCAUGGAGUUUCUUCCUUCUGGGAGCCUGAAAGACUAUCUCCCCCGAAACAAGAACAAGAUCAGUUUGAAACAGCAACUUAAAUAUGCUGUUCAAAUCUGCAGGGGAAUGGACUAUCUGGGACUUCAACAGUAUGUUCAUCGCGACUUGGCAGCCAGAAAUGUCUUAGUUGAAAAUGAACAAAAAGUAAAAAUUGGGGAUUUUGGGCUCACUAAAGCAAUUGGGACUGAUAAGGAAUACUACAAAGUCAAUGAUGAUCGAGACAGCCCUGUUUUUUGGUAUGCCCCUGAAUGCUUACUACAAUGCAAGUUCUAUAUUGCUUCAGAUGUCUGGUCUUUUGGAGUAACCCUCUAUGAAAUACUGACCUAUUGUGAUACUGACUGCAGUCCAAUGACAGAAUUCUUGAAGCUGAUUGGCCCAACUCAAGGCCAGAUGACAGUCACAAGGCUUGUGCGCAUAUUAACAGAUGGCAAACGCUUGCCAUGUCCAAAAAAUUGCCCAGAAGAGGUUGAUCAGCUGAUGAGGAAGUGCUGGGGAUAUGACCCCGGUGAACGGACAACCUUUCAAAACCUGAUUCAAGAAUUUGAAGUGCUUAUAAAUAAGAUGUAAUCCAACAUUUUUCUACUGCUUCCCACCUAAAUGUUAGAAAAGUAUAUAUAAGACAUUUUAUUGUUACCUGUUGUGAUUUGUAUUUUGGUAAUGAUGUGUUUAAAGGUUUCUUUCUCCAAAAGGCUUUUUUUUUCAUUUAACAAAGGGUUUAAAAUUUUUGCUAAGCACUUUGCUGCUGAAAGUAUCUAUGCUACUCUUACAACUGUAACAAUUCUGCCACUACGGAUCUGACUAGUAUGAAGAAACUUCCAGCAGUGGUGAUGAUGUCUUUUGAUCAGCAUUUUUUGAUGCAUUUGACUUAAGACAAGGGGUCUUAAUUAUUUGCUUGUAUACAACUUGAGUCAUGUUGGACUAAUAAACCCAAAGAAGCCAUCAAAAAUCACUGUAAUAUUGCUACACUUGGUGCAUGUUAGAUUACAAUUGCUUUCAUAGAAUAUUUUCUUUAAAAGACCAAGCAGAAGCAUCUGUGUCAGCUUUUAAAAGUGAUUUUUAAGCAGGAAUUAUGCAUGAUUUUGUUUAUACUAAGCUCUUCUGUUAUGUUUUCCAUCUACUUUGAAAGAACAUAUUAAAGUCCAGAUACCUUCAGCAAUAUAAUAAUGAUCCAAAACUUAUGUUCUGGUUUGUUUACUUUCCUUUAAAAGGGAAGGUUUUUCCUUUAAGUAAUUGUGAGACAAGAUACACAGCAGUGAUCCCCAAUGUAGUGCCCAUGGAACCCACUGUGCCUACUAGCUACUUCUGUAAAACAGCCCUUCCCCAAAGCAAGGAACCAAUCCUGGCUUUCCUCCAACUCAUUGGAGCAGGCAGUGGGUUCAAAAGAACUUAGAAAUCAUCACCUUUCUUUGUGUCUGCAGAGAUUAGGUGUUACCAGUCUCAAAGGAGGCCUAGGGAGUUCAAGGGAGUUCUCCCAGAAUUAGAACUGAUCUUCAGACAUCAGUUCUGCUGAAGGAAGGGGCUCCUUUAGAGGACAGACUUUAUGGUAUCACCUCCCUGCUAAGCUCCCAUCUUCUCUAGGCACUACCUUCAAAUCUCCAGGACUUUCCCAAGAUGAUGUUGACAAUCCUAGCAGGUAGACCACAUAAAAUAGCUGCCUCAGUCAUGGGAGAGAUGCUUGGUUUGCAACCUCCCAACAUGUGGUUGUUAGCCUCAGUACCCAUGGCAGCUAUUUGGUUAUUGCUCAGUGCCUGUUGUCAAAAUUCCAAAGUUCCCAGUGCUCAACCAGAUUGUGGGUCUCUAACAGAGUAUAAGGAAAAUGCAUGCCAUAUUUAAGAGGACAGAAUUUGGCAUCCAGGUUUUUAAAGGUUUCAGUCUAGACACUGCACCCUUGGUUAAGGCCAAUGAGCAUUCUUUUAACCUCCAUAGAAGCUGACAAUACUACAGUAGUUAUGGGUUUUGUUGUUAAAUUGUGUGGUUUUGCUCUUCAAUUUAUAUGUUUACAGUACACAGUUUAAUACAUCUGUUUGAUGUGUACUUUUUUGAUGUCAUCCAUUAUGAGCAAAUGAAAUUUUGUUAAGGGAAAAAUUCUUAUGGCUGUAUUGAGGAACAUCUUAAAUGUAAUAUAUUACAAUAUUCUGGACUCUUUUUAAAAAGUGUGCAGAUGGUCAAAGGAAAAAGCAAUAGGUUUAAACAAGAUCAAGCUUUUUUCUACAGUCCAGCUUUGAUCCAGCAGUGGUAAACUGCAUAAGGAUUUCCACAUAAAUUCUACACACACAAGUACAGAGGAAGAAGACCGAAAAGGAAAAAUAUACCAUUGUCAGUGAGGAGGUGUUUGCAUUGUUGAGACUGCUGAAAUAGUAUAGGUGCUGUUGCCCUUAAUCACCUUUGGAAAUGGGGUUGAACCCAGGUAUCUUUCCAUCCCCAGUGACUGAUCUUCUUGGAGGGUGGAGAAAAAAAUUCCAUGCACAUAUUUUUAAAAGAACCAUAAUAUGUGCCUGACUGGAAAUAUUUGUAUAUGAAUUCAGUAGGCAUAUGCAGAUGAAAUAAGAUGACAGGCUUUGUGGGUGGUAAUUGUUUAAUUUAAAUUAUAUUUCCCCCUUAUCUUAAUAUUAUUCUGAAGAACAGUUUCAGAGUUUGUAAACAUUGUAAAAGGCAAUUAGAUAAACUACAAGUUCAAAUCUUGAAUCUUUGUCAGUUUAGAACCAUCUUGCACUGUUGAUUAAUUCUUCUGUAAUAUGAUUAUCAACCAUUUACAUGCACUUUGUUAUUCUUUAUAAAAUAAAAAAAAGAUUUUAUCUA